UGAGAGACUAGUGUGUGAAUGUGUGUGUGAGUGAAUGAAUGUGUGCGCGUACGUGUGUUUUUGAAUGUGAGAGUGUGUGUAAGUGUCUGUAAUCAUUCACAUGAACAGCAGUGAGUGAGAGUUAUCAUGUUUAUAUUUUAGCUCACUCAGAAGAUGAGAGGAGCUUUAUUUCUUAUCAGACUAUGCAGCUGAAAACAAGAGGCCUCACAUCAUCCUGCGGAUUUCCUGCUGUGAGUGACAGGAAAAGAGCGUCCUUGUUGGCACUGAAGUCCAGCGUUGGACCGCUGGACUGCUGGAGUAGCCGGUAAAGUGCAAGAGCAACAUCUGGCGGUGGAAUUCAUCAUGACCGGGGUGUGCGGUUGUUGUGGAGCGUUGAGGCCACGCUACAAGAGGCUGGUUGACAAUAUCUUUCCAGAAGACCCAGAGGAUGGGUUGGUGAAGGCUAACAUGGAGAAGCUGACAUUUUACGCCCUGUCGGCUCCAGAAAAGUUGGAUCGUAUCGGGGCGUACCUGUCUGAGAGACUGUCCCGUGAUGUGGCUAGACACCGAUAUGGGUAUGUGUGUAUUGCGAUGGAAGCCCUCGACCAGCUGUUAAUGGCGUGCCACUGUCAGAGCAUCAACCUGUUUGUGGAGAGUUUCCUCAAGAUGGUGCGAAAACUCCUGGAGGCUGAUAAACCCAACUUGCAAAUCCUGGGAACCAACUCGUUUGUGAAGUUUGCCAACAUCGAGGAGGACACCGCCUCAUAUCAUCGCAGUUACGAUUUCUUUGUGUCGCGCUUUAGUGAGAUGUGCCAUUCCAGCUAUGAGGACCCUGACAUCCGCACCAAAAUCCGAAUGGCUGGCAUCAAGGGUCUUCAAGGAGUAGUGAGGAAGACCGUGAAUGAUGAGUUGCAAGCAAACAUCUGGGAACCUCAGCACAUGGACAAGAUUGUGCCCUCCCUGCUCUUCAAUCUGCAGUCUGGAGAAGGCACAGAAAGUCGCUCUCUCUCCCCACUGCAGGCCAGUGAGAAGGAGAAGGAAAGCCCUGCCGAGCUGACUGAACGCUGCUUUCGGGAAUUGCUGGGACGAGCUGCCUAUGGCAACAUCAAGAAUGCUGUCACUCCUGUGCUUAUGCAUCUUGAUAAUCACUCACUGUGGGAAGGGAAAACAUUUGCAGUGCGUUGCUUUAAGAUUGUCAUGUACUCCAUUCAGUCCCAGCAUUCUCAUCUGGUCAUCCAGCAGCUCUUGGGGCAUUUAGAUGCCAACAAUAAGAGCUCAGCCACAGUGCGUGCUGGAAUAGUGGAGGUCCUUCUGGAGGCAGCUGCCAUUGCUGCCAGUGGCUCUGUUGGCCCCACUGUGCUGGAGGUGUUCAACACACUGCUGAGGCAUCUGAGACUCAGUGUGGACUAUGAGCUGACUGGAUCCUAUGACUGCAACAACAUCGGCAAUAAGAUCAUCAAGGAGCACGAGGAGAGGCAGCUGCAGGAGGCUGUCAUCAGGACUAUCGGCUCAUUUGCGAAUACCUUACCCACAUACCAGUGCUCUGAGGUGAUGCUUUUCAUCAUGGGGAAGAUCCCUAUUCCAGGCCUGCAUCCCACACUGCCUUCUACAGGCUCAGGGACUGAGGGGUAUCGCAUGAUCCAAGUAAUGCUGCUAAAGUCCUUGAGACAGGUCACAUGUGGUUUCCAGACCACUAACAUGCUGACGGCUCUACCCAAUUCCUUCCUGGACCCACUGCUGUCGUUUGCUCUGCUGGAGGAUGCUGAAAUUCGCCUGCUGGUGCUUGAAAUUCUGGUCAGCCUCAUCGAUCGUCAUGACAACCUCCCCAAGUUCUCCACCAUCAGUAUAAUAUCUGACAUCUCUGUGCUUAAACUCAAAGUGGACAAGUGCUCACGUCAAGACAACCUCUUCAUGAAGAAGCAUUCUCAGCACCUAUACAGACACAUCUACCUGUGCUGUAAGGAGCAGAGCAGUGUGCAGCCUCACUUUGAGAAGCUCUACUCACUCCUGGCUCUCAUUAGUAUGGAGCUGGCCAACGAAGAGGUGGUGGUGGACAUGAUCCGUGUAGCUCUCGCUCUCCAGGACUUGGCCCUGAGCAGUGAGGAGACGUUACCGGUGUAUAACCGCUGUGCUGUCCAUGCCUUGUCUGCUGCUUACCUCAAUCUCAUCAGCCAACUCACCACUGUACCAGCUUUCUGCCAGCAUGUCCAUGAGGUAAUUGAAAUGAGACAAAAAGACAUUCAUUACUUGUUACCAGAGGAUGUCUUCAUUGAAAACCCAAAAAUUCCUAAGACACUCGAGAAGCUAGAGGGGGAUGUUUUGUUCCAGCAGGUUAAGAUCACAGAAGUUCUGGGAGGAAGUGGCUACAACACUGAACGACUGGCCACACCUUAUGUCCCACAGUUCACUGACGAGGACCGGCUGUCAAAGAGAAAGAGUGUUGGAGAAACAAUAUCUCUUCAAGUGGAAGUAGAGUCAAGAAACAGUCCAGAGAAAGAGGAGAGAACACCAGCUGAAGAAAUCACAUUUGAAACACUAAAAAACGCCAUCGUGGACAGUGUAGGUGUGGAGGAACAGGAGAAGGAGCGCAGGAGACAGGUAGUUGAGAAGUUCCAGAAGGCCCCUUUUGAGGAGAUAGCUGCUCACUGCGGUGCCAGAGCGACAAUGCUGCAGAGCAAACUUAAUCAAAUCUUUGAAAUCACAAUCAGGCCUCCUCCCAGUCCAUCUGGAACUAUCACAUCAAGUUACGGCCAAACCCAGAGUCGCUCUGUGCCCGUUUAUGAGAUGAAGUUCCCAGACUUGUGUGUUUACUAGUGCAGCUCAACUCAGGUAGCAAACAGAGAAGCAGUAGAACCAUGUUUUAAUGUUUUUAAUGUAAGAAAACUGACAGAUCUCCCCCCUUUUCUAUGGUAUGUGCAUCACUGCAGUCGUUUUCUUGUUUUCCUACAGUAUGUCAACACUGUGACUAGUGUAGACACCUCAUCUAACGUGAGAAUAUUUUAUAACUUUUAAUACCUAAUUUGGGUUAAUUCAGUUGGGUUCAUUUCUGAUUCAUUACAGUGUGUUUUCCCUAUUUACAGAUUUAAUCAGGAUAUUCUUUAUGAUAUUCUGGUCCUCCACAAUAAUACCACCUCAACUAUAUGUAUUUGAGCAAGUAUUGCAGAAAAAUCCUAGCUCAACAGUGGCACAAUAUUAUUGGUGAAUCUCACCAAACCUUUCAUGAACAUACACUUGUCAUAUUUCACUUCAAUACCAACAGAAAGAAUAAAGAAAUUAUACUUUGACAAAUUAGAAAAUGAACCCUGGUUUAUGGACUAUUAAAAUACUUUCCAUUUUGCCAUGAUUUUCAUAAAUGUUUCAUAAUAUUUUCACCCCAAAUUCUCAUUAUUGUAAUGGAGAAAAAAUGUCAUUCUCAUUACUGUAAUCGAGAGGGAAAAUCUCAUUCUCAUUACUGUAAUGGAGAAAAAAAUAUCUCAUUCUCAUUACUGUAAUUGAGAGAAAAAAUCUCAUUCUCAUUACUGUAAUGGAGAGGGAAAAUCUCAUUCUCACUACUAUAAUGGAGAGGGAAAAUCUCAUUCUCACUACUGUAAUGGAGAAAAAAAAAUCUCAUUCUCAUUACUGUAAUUGAGAGGGAAAAUCUCAUUCUCACUACUGUAAUGGAGAGGGAAAAUCUCAUUCUCACUACUGUAAUGGAGAAAAAAAAUAUCUCAUUCUCAUUACUGUAAUGGAGAGGGAAAAUCUCAUUCUCACUACUAUAAUGGAGAGGGAAAAUCUCAUUCUCACUACUGUAAUGAAGAGGGAAAAUCUCAUUCUCAUUACUGUAAUGGAGAAAAAAAAUAUCUCAUUCUCAUUACUGUAAUUGAGAGAAAAAAUCUCAUUCUCAUUACUGUAAUGGAGAGGGAAAAUCUCAUUCUCACUACUAUAAUGGAGAGGGAAAAUCUCAUUCUCACUACUGUAAUGGAGAAAAAAAAUCUCAUUCUCAUUACUGUAAUUGAGAGGGAAAAUCUCAUUCUCACUACUGUAAUGGAGAAAAAAAAUCUCAUUCUCAUUACUUUAAUUGAGAAAAAAUCUCAUUCUUAUUACUGUAAUGGAGAAAAAAAAUCUCAUUCUCACUACUGUAAUGGAGAAAAAAAUCUCAUUCUCAUUACUGUAAUGGAGAAAAAAAAUCUCAUUCUCACUACUGUAAUGGAGAAAAAAAAUCUCAUUCUCAUUACUGUAAUGGAGAGGGAAAAUCUCAUUCUCACUACUGUAAUGGAGAAAAAAAAUCUCAUUCUCAUUACUGUAAUUGAGAGGGAAAAUCUCAUUCUCACUACUGUAAUGGAGAAAAAAAAUCUCAUUCUCAUUACUGUAAUUGAGAGGGAAAAUCUCAUUCUCACUACUGUAA